GUUGUACACUAUUUAAAUCUGGAUGAAAGGUGCUCAUCUUGCUCUAAUUUUACAGAACUCCGAUUGGUACUCUUUACUGCUUACAAAUUAAUAAACUGAAGUCUCCACAAUCGGGUCAAUCUUCUUCUUCCAAGGGCUGUGAACUGAAAAAUCGAAGGAUUAGAGGGUAAUACAUCCAUUCGUCUAGUUGAAGGUAUGUAAAGCAAUUAUUAUUUUUUACUGUCAGGCGGAGAUGCAAUAUGCAACAAUGGUCCCAAAAUUAAGCGUGGUUCUUCGUCAACGGGGACGGCAAAAUCCGGAAAUGUAUUUUUAGCGUGUGAAAGUUUCUGUUUAUUUUCAUAUUUUCGCCGCUAUACUGGCUGGCGACCGGCCACUCGUGAAAAUAAAUGCACGGAGGUCGGUCGUGUUUGCGUCUGUGGCGCGUGAGCGAUCAGAACGGGUUGCAGUAUUAUUUCUUGUUCGCUUCUCCCGCUUUGUCACACUGUGUAAAAAGUAAGAACAGCGCAAUUCAGGCAGUAUUUUAGUAUUUAGCGCCCCCACCUUAGAAAUGGGAUUGCCCACGGGCCAUAGUUUGGACGCCCUUCCUCUAGAACCUGGCUACUGUCCUUUGUGCCAGUUCAGCGGAGCAUGCAGUAGGUUUAAGUUCCACGUUCCAAAAAUAGAAUCGACUACCCAGCUCGAGCGACAGGAUCUUCUUUAUUUUUCGGCGUAAACAAGAAAGUUUGAACAACGCGACACUCGUCUUUCCUCACAGCUGUAGAGCAGGAGAAGUUUACGGUACUUUUUUUCUCCCCCCCCAGAUUUUGUCCAUCCGUCUUGCAUCUGACAUGAACUUUAUAUGGAAUUGUUUUGGGAAGCUGUUGGAGUGGAUAAGCUUGUGGAUGAAAUAUGGUCUGGGUAGACUUUGCGGAAUUUUUCCCAGAGCUGGUACGUGGACGACAGGUGUCACCCACCCCCCCAACCACCACCACCAGCCCCACCGUCUCGGUGCAUUACGCCGAGGCAACUCCGACCGUUGGAAAAGCAACAUGGCACUUCGCACAUAUGACCUGGGAGGCCAAGGCAGAAGUAUGGUCACGGUCCAAACGAGCACGCACGCAUUCCGCGUAGACCUGGGAAGACUCUCUGAGUGCAGCGAGUACUUCAGAGCUUUGUCCCAGUCCGGGAUGAGGGAGGUCGCAGAGAAUCUGGUCCACCUGGAUCACGUUUCCUCAUCUGUCUUUCACCACCUGCUGGAGUUUUACUUCCAUGAUACGUUUGAGAUCCCGCAGGGGGAGGAAUUAGGCCCACAUAUACAGGUCAGCGGCUACCUCCUGGCCGAGGCCUUCCUCGCGCACUGUCUGUCCGUGCUGGAACGUGAGCUGAGGCCAGAGAGGUGUCUGUCCUACCUGAGUCUGGCUCGGGAGAUUUGCUGUGUGGAGCUGAGGAGCGUCGUGUUCGCCUACCUGAGCAGGAACCUGCUGGAGCUGCCUCGCGUCGUCAGGUGUCUGAGCGACGAGGAGAGGGAGGAGCUCAUCCAGCUGAGGACCCGAGAGAAGCCUCGUCUCUGCGGCCUCCGGAAGGAGAACCUGACGUCCUGGCAGGACCCGGCGACGGAGCGCGCCCGCCACAUCUUCGCCGAGCAAAGCGGAGCGUGGCUUCCCGUCGCCGAGUUCCCCUUCAGGGCCGACAAGUGGUGCUUCACGGCCGUGGUCUUGUACAACUACUUGUACAUCGUAGGAGGCUACAGGACCCCCGUGAGGAGGAGGUGGGACUUCAAAAUAGCCACCUUCAGGUAUAAUCCUUUGACUCGGGAGUGGACUGCUGUCGCGCCGCUUAUUAAGCACAGAAGGCACUUCGCCGCCGUAGCCUGCCAGGGCCGUAUCUACGCAGUGGGCGGCUGGUACUUGGACUCUCUGGUCACCCCGGACUCCAGCACGGCCCUGUACACGGCCGUGGAGUGCUACGAUCCGUGGGAGAACACGUGGAGGCUUGUCUCGCCGUUGCCCCUCAGCGACUUCCAGUUCACCGUGUCUCUGUCCCACGACGUGCCCCUGACGACAAGUCUGGGGCACUGUCUCUACGUCCUGGGCAACAUCCAGAGGACUGGAGAGAAACUGCUGCUCCAGUAUGACACCAGGCAAGACUUGUGGCGUGAGCUGCUUCCCACGCUCAGCCGAGCGGACGCCGACCUCCCGGCUCUUUACUUCCUGGGCGCCUCCGACGACUUGCUGGUGAUUGGUGGGAACAACUGGCACAACGUGGUCACGUCGUUUUGCGUCGGCUCGCGGAGAUGGGCAAAGGCGCGCACCGUGCAGAAAUUGGCGUUGGCGGGACAGGGGGCGCUGUUGGGCGAGCAGUUGGCGAUGCCCAGCGCGGAGCACGACAGCGUCCUGAUGAUGGAUGUGCAAACUCUGGCGCUGAAGGUUCUGCCCCCUUUGCCCAUCCCCGUCUGCUACGAGGCCAUCUUUUACCUGCACUUUUGAUAUCACACGCCGCUCUCCGGAUACAGCGGGUACACGCUUGCUGCGCUCGGAACAAAAAUGCUGAUGGUCGGCUAGCAUUCAUUUAUCAUCGUUGUUAUUAUUAUCAUAUGUUAUGCUACUAUGUUCCUCGCAUGAGGCCUCACUGUGUCUUGAGUGAAUGAACUUCAGUUGAAUGUUGGCUGCAAUACUUUGCCUUUAGUACAUGUACAGUCUACCAAAUAAAUAUUUCGCCAUCCAAUUUCAUACAUCUGGCCUUUUGUUCUCAAAGCUUUCUAUUGUCAGACCUUUCAAAUAUUUAUUUUGAACAUUUCUAAUCACGUCAGUUUUCUUGUUGAAUUACGAUAACUUAUUUGAAAUGUCUUUUUCAUCGUUUCCUUCAUGGAAUAUCUAUAUUUUCUA